GGAAGGAGUCAGCACCACGAGCCCAAAGUACAACCCCUGCGGCCAAGCCGCCUUCCGUCUAUUGAUGGACUACAAGCGAGCGCAGCCGGAGGGGAAGGCGCGGGUCCCACGGCUGGACCGCCGCAACGCCAUUAAGUACGUGGACUCCGAGCCGGCGUCCGGGGAGCCCUGGUCCGCCAGCGGCGACGCGCCAGCCGUCUACAUCGCCCGCUCCCCCGCCGCCUACUCCGCCCAGACCAGCUUCCGUAGCGGCGAUGCGAUGAUUGCUAUUUCAACCAAAGUGAAGUUCAAGAGGAACAUCAGGGCAUGGAUACAAGGAGAGCGGCUCGGAAGUGGAUCAUUUGGGACUGUGUAUGAGGCUAUCAGUGAUGACGGAUUUUUCUUUGCGGUCAAAGAAGUAUCCUUGCUUGACCAAGGGAGCAAUGCCAAGCAGUGCAUUUUACAACUGGAACAGGAGAUUGCGCUCUUUAGUCGUUUUGAACAUGAGAACAUAGUUCAGUAUUUUGGAACAGACAAGACCCAAGCUUUUUUCAGAAUUGGUCGCGGUGAACCACCACCUAUUCCUGGCUCUCUGUCAAAAGAGGCUUGUGAUUUCAUCCACCAAUGUGUACAGCAAAAUCCAGAUGAUCGGCCCUCUGCUGCUCAGCUAUUGAAGCACCCAUUCGUGAGUAGAUUACUUCCAGCAUCUGCUAGCUCUGGUCAACCUUCUGAUAUUAUUGGAAGAGGAAGCUAGACAUCUUUCAUCAAGAAUUAGAAGGUAAAGCAUUGUAUUUUUAAUCUUUUCUUUUGUUUUCAAUAAGAUUAUCAUCUAUUACAGAAACAAAAAAGUAAAAUGGAGGAUCAUGGAAGGAUAAAGUGCUUCACAGUGCAGCAUUUGCCUUCUUGUUUGACUUGUUAUAGAAGAAAUGCAUGGUUAGAUAUGUCCAUGUUCAUCUUGCAGAUUUCAUAUAAUUUUGCUUUCAAAAAUAUAAUUUGAAAACAUUUCUGAGGUAUGUUUCA